CGUACCGUCGUCUGCAACGCCGGUUGCAGGGCCGUACCGGCAAAUUCGGGGGCCCUGUGCGAAACAAUGGACUGGGGCCCUGGUGGCCUAGUGAAGGAUCAUGAAUACCAAGCGAUACCAGUUGGCAAGCGCGAUAUGCUGUGUGAAAGCACAAAUGUUAGAAGUCACACGAGCGCAAUGUGCUGUGUGAAAGCACAAAUGUUAGAAGUCACACGUGUGACUGAUAGUUAAAUCAUCACAUAAGGCCCAAUAACUAUUUUUUGUUCCGGAAUUUUUUUUGUUGCUGGAACAAUUGUUAUUGUUUGGGCAACAAAAAUUGUUUUUCCGAAAAAAAGUUUGUUCUAGCAACAAAGCAUUGAGGGGUUUGGUUUAUUAGGCCGAUUUUAUACCCAAAACACGAAAUCUUGAAGAGGUUGGGGUGCUGUGACAGGUACAUUUGAGAUCACACACGUGACCCCAAAUAGCACUCAUGUAAAAAAAGUCGCAAGUGAUACGCCUACGACGAUUUAUUUUUUAGGAGCAAUUUGGGCCAUGUUUUGCCACAAAUUGGGUCAAACAAUCAACUAAAUUAAAGUGUUUACAUGACUAUAUCUAAUAUAUACUUAAUAUUUUGGGGGCCCUUCGAAUUCGGGGGUCCUGUGCGGUCGCACGGGCUGCACGUGCCCAGAUACGGGCCUGGCCGGUUGCUGCGCUCCGUUCGAAGGACCGUCUUCGUCUCGUCUGCACCUUUCGUCUUCCCGGCGGCUCCCGCACAGUCUGGAUCUCAGCCCCACGAUUUCAACAGUGGGGAUCUGAGUUGAUGAGGAUAUAAGCUCGGCAAUAAAGUUUGAAUUUUAAUCCAGACUAGUCAAUAAUUCUCUCCAUUGGAAGCUGAUGGACAAAUCGCCGGAGGUGCCGCAGGACGUCCUGCGGCGUAUAUUUGCUAUCUUGGAGAUCCCUGACCUUGUGCGUGCAGGAUCAGUCUGCUCGUCAUGGCGUGCCGCCUACACCAGCCUGUGCAGCACUGGAAACUGCAGGUUGCGGCAGACACCGUACCUCCUGUACACCUCCGAAUCCACUGAUGCGAGGGAAGCGGGUCUCUACAGCAUCACGGAGAAGAAGGCCUACACAUUGACUCUCCCAGACCCGCCUAUCCGUAGUAGGUAUAUCAUUGGCUCCUCAUAUGGAUGGAUCAUCACAGCUGAUGAGAGGUCCGAGCUUCACCUUGUCAAUCCCAUCACCGGCGAGCAGAUUGCCUUACCAUCAGUCACGACUAUCGAGCAAGUGAAGCCGGUCUUCGAUGAUGAAGGCGCUGUGUGCAGCUAUGAGUAUUGGUAUUACACUGGAGAAGAUGUGAUUUCAUACACGCCUUCAGUGAGGGAUUACCUGUUCUACAAGGCCUUCCUGUCUUCGGAUCCGUCUAUGGGAGGCUAUUUCGUGGUGCUCAUCCACAACCCAAAUUCACAGCUCUCGUUUGCUAGGGCAGGGGACGAUAAGUGGACCUGGUUGCCACCACAUUCUUACUAUGAAGACUGCUUAUUCAAGGAGGGGUUGUUGUAUGCAUCCACUACAAUUGGAGAAAUUCAUACAUUCAAUCUUGGUGCUCCUGCAGUCACACACAAGGUAUUUUUGGACAAGAUAGACAUUUAUGGCGAGAGGAUGUACAUUGUUCAAGGUUCAGGUGCUGAGAUGCUGCAAAUAUGGAGGUCUGAUGCAGUACCACGUGGAGAAGACGAAGAUGAAACUGAUUCAGAUGUAAAACUGGAAUUAGACCGUGGCAAAUUUGUGUCCAAUACCACCGCGAUCACCGUUUAUGAAGUGGAGCCUGCAUCAAAAAAGAUUGAGAAAAUAAGUAGCUUGGGUCAGAAUGUUCUGUUUCUUGGGCAUAAUCAAUCACUUUGCCUCCAUGCUGAAGAAUACCCACAGCUGAAGGCAAAUCAUGUCUACUACACUGAUGAUGACUAUCUCUAUACUACAGGUUUCAAGAAUAACCGCCGCGACAUUGGUGUAUUUGACUUGGAAAAUAACAGCAGCCAGGAACUCACAACCCCUCAGCUUUGGUCUAACUGGCCAACCCCUGUGUGGCUGAUUCCAAAUCCUCGAAGAAUGAGUUUAGCAACACACAGUUAGACACACUAGCGUUCCCCUCUGUAAUCGGUUUCAUGCUUGUUUCUCUAUGUAACUUAAUAGCAUGCUGUGUGUUGUUCUUACGUAGCAUUUUGUUUCCUGAACAUGUGUCGUCUCAACAAGGAGUGUUUGCUACGGUCUUUUA